AUGCUGAUAGUUCGGGAUUUGCACUUGAGAACGAAUUGGGUGGCAACCUCGGUUGGUGUUGAGAUUUUCUGGCCAGAUUAUCACUUAUUGAUGACAUUGGAUGCCGCUGUGGUCGAACUGAUGCGGUUUUUUCUUAUUCAUGGAAGCGUAUAUAGAAAAUGUUAUUGUAUCUUUGUGUCUUUAGUUCGGGCAAUAAAAGACUCCUUGUACAGCAAGUUGUGA